GUUUAUCUGUUAUUGUUGUAUUCUAAUUGAGCCAUGGACUCACACUUUCUCGUAUCUUUUCUAUUCCAGAUUCUUAUACGGUGCUGUGCAUACUCUUCCAACACACAACAUACCUCCAAGCUAGACGUAAACUUAUUAAAGGCUCAAGAUGUCAUCGAAUGAAAUAUUCUCGUUUCCAGUCACUGUAACGUUCACCAUUUGUAUAUCUAUCAUUCAGAUACUUGAUGGUCCCGAUGGUGAGGAGAAUUUCGAGAUGGCGCGUGCUCGUAUAUGGCAGUUAAGUUGCAAGUCUGGUUGGAGUUUCGAUCGACUUGUUGCUGAUUUAACUCCAUCUAGUCAUUGUGAGCUAACGUUUGAGAUGAUUCAUAUGGUGUCGUAUGUUAGAAAAGUUGCUCCGCCUGGAAUGCUAAGUGUUUUUCCGUCACCAUUUCAAAGUGCCGAGUCAUGGAUCAGGGACAGAUGGAUUUUUCGAGAGAACAAUCCAGCUAAAUCCAUGGAACAUACUUUACCACUUAAAAAGGGAUUAAGAAUCGCUGGUCCUGUAUCUCCUUCGGACCGCGCCUUUAAUAACGAAGAACUGAAAAAUAGGAAAGUGAUGAAAGUUGACCAGGAUUCGACUUCGACAGUGUCAGUACCUACCGUACACAGAGCCGAUCGUUCACUCCCUGGAUUUCAAACUAUUUUACAGUGUGGAAAGACACUUGACGAUGAUACUUUGUUGGGGAAAACUGACACAGAUACGUCUUAUGAGUAUCCUAGCUUAUCACUAAUUCAUACGUCGAAUUCACAGCAAGAAACCUUGCAUUAUCCGUCUGACUCACCUCCGUAUAUGCUUGUUCAGAGAUCAAGAGAAUCACUGGAGAAAGAUUAUAAGUCGUCUUCAAAACAGAUUUCUACUAGAGGUUCUCUUAAAAGUGAUGGUGGUUCCAAACGAAAUAAUAGUGGACAUUUUCUUGUGGAUAGUGAAAAAAAUCGAAACCUGAUAAACUCAGAAAACACCGAAAUUGGUCAGUCGAAAUCAAAUAUUCUGAAUAUAUUUUAUGAUCCGUUGGGCUUAGAAACAACUAAUUGUGGUAAUGGUUAUCCGGUAGUUGACAGUAUUAAAAAAAUGUCCAAUCAUUCACAUAGUUUUGAUCCAUCUGAUGACAAACAUAAUCUGCUUGGUUGCAAAGACAAUGCUCUAAAUGAUAUUGGCACAAGAAUGAAUGUUUGUAUGGAUGAUACGUUUUUAUUGGAAUUUUUAGACAGAAAUUUGGCUGGAACUGAUUCCAAAACUAAUGUCGAUUUCGCCGAACGAUGUGGUUUAAAUUCUCCAACAGCAUUUGUUGAAGAUAUGAUUAAAAAAGCACAGAAAACUCUAAAUCAUCAGUAUAAAUGCUAACAGAUUUUUAAUUAACUUCCCAUUCCGUUGUCUGUAUUAAUCUCAACUGCAUUUAUAUAUCAUAUAACAAUUCGGCGUUUUACUGAAACUGUUUCGAAUUCUGGUUUGUCUUAGUUGUAAUCUUCUAGCAUAUCUAUAUCUAUCCUUAAAUUUUUUUAAGUCACUAUAGUAAUUCGAGUUAUUGUAAUGAUAGCGAACAAAAAAUAAUUUUACGACCUCCGUCUUGAUAACUUUAGAUAUCGUAAUGAGAAGUUAAAUGUUAUUAGAACCAUGUGAUACAUAAAUAGGAUUAAUCUAACCACACAAAUUGACAUGUUAAUAAAUU